GCGCAGGCUCUAACCGGAAGUGAUUAAUCCUAGCUAGGCUACAGGGCCCGAGAGCGUCGGCAAGGAUUUCUAUGGAAGAGAUGUCAGGAGAGAGCGCUGUGAGCUCGGCUGUGCCGGCCGCGACUACCCGGACCACCUCGUUCAAGGGUUCGAGUCCGAGCUCCAAGUACGUGAAGCUGAACGUGGGCGGAGCUCUGUACUACACCACCAUGCAGACACUCACCAAGCAGGACACCAUGCUGAAGGCCAUGUUCAGCGGCCGCAUGGAGGUGCUCACAGACAGCGAAGGCUGGAUUCUGAUAGACCGCUGUGGGAAACACUUCGGCACUGUCCUGAACUACCUGCGUGACGGCGUCGUCCCUCUGCCCGAGAGCAGGAGAGAGACAGAGGAGCUGCUGGCCGAGGCCAAGUACUACCUGGUGCAGGGUUUAGUGGACGAGUGUCAGGCGGCGCUGCAGAACAAAGACGCCUACGAGCCUUUCUGCAAAGUGCCCUUAGUGACGUCACCUAAAGAGGAGCAGAAGCUCAUCGCCACGUCAAACAAGCCCACAGUUAAACUCCUGUACAACAGAAGCAACAAUAAAUACUCUUACACCAGUAACUCGGACGACAACAUGCUGAAGAACAUCGAGCUGUUUGAUAAACUCUCUCUGCGCUUCAACGGCCGCGUGCUCUUCAUCAAGGACGUGAUCGGGGACGAGAUCUGCUGCUGGUCGUUCUACGGUCAGGGCCGAAAGAUCGCCGAGGUCUGCUGCACCUCCAUCGUCUACGCCACCGAGAAGAAACAGACCAAGGUGGAGUUCCCCGAGGCGCGGAUCUACGAGGAGACGCUGAACAUCCUGCUGUACGAGUGCCAGGACGGCCGCGGGCCGGACAACGCGCUUCUGGAGGCGACUGGGGGCGCCGCGGGACGCUCGCACCACCUGGACGAGGACGACGUGCGGGAACGCGUGGACCACGUGCGCAGGAUUCACGUCAAGCGGCCGGACGACCGCACGCACCACCACCAGUGACCUUUGACCUCACGACUGACCUCGCACCUGCAACCCCCUGUGCCUUAAUCACCCAGUUCUACUUCUCUGUCUCUCUCUCUCACACUCACACACACACACACACACACACACACUCUUUUUCUAAUAGGGAUCACAGCGCUCUGACAGAGAAACACACACACAAUAUCACUGAUUUCUGAUGUCGGCUCUGUACACGGUCUGAAGCUCUGACCCCAGGUUUGCGUCUCUCACUUUCUUUCUUGUUUCCUUAUUGAUUGUCAGCCGUUAAUUCAGUUUAAACAUCAGCACCGAGUCUGACUGCAGCUCUGAGACGGACAGUGUUAGCUUUUUAUUUUUUUGUCAGCUUGUGUCACGUUACUGUGUGAGUGAGUGUGUGUGUGUGAGUAAGUGUUUGCUGCUCCUACGGUUUUUCAUCGACUGUGACGGAUUUGUUACAUUUUCCUGAUCGUCAUAAAGCUUUAAUCACUGAGAACGUUAAGAAGGAAGUUUGUCCACCAGAGGGCAGCAGUGUGCACGGUUUGUUAGUUGUGAAAGCAGGAUGUGGUCAUGUUGAGUAAUAACUGUCCCAGUACAUCAUGUCAGUGGUUUGAUGACCAGAAGGAACACGCGCAUCAUUUCACUGUAAAUCACCUUUAAUGAACGAAUGAAUGAAUGAAUUGUUUACUUAAUGACCCAGAGGUCACAUGGUCUCUCUCUCUCUCUGUGGGUCUGCACAGUGACCAGUGACGAGAAGGAACUGUAGACUCUGCUGAAGGAGUGUUUAUUUUUAGAAAACCCACAGAUCCAGGAUCAGCUCUUGAUGAGUUCGUCUCGUAUUGAGAGUGUAGGACUGAUCCUAGAUCAGAAGAUGUGUCUAAUGUACUUUUAGUUUGUUCUAUUGUUUAGCGUGUGUGUGAACUCGUGCAGUCGCGUUUUGUCCUAAAUUUAAUUAUAAGCUCUGUGGAGAUGUUUGUACAGACACACACACAUGUGAUUUAAGAAAUGUUUUACAUAUGAUUAUAUUUAUACACAACCUUAUGGCAAAUAAAUCUUUCUACAAGUUUUUUGUUUCCAAAA